CUGCCCGGGCGGGGGGCAGGGCCAUGGACGCCCUGCCGGAGGACUUCCGCUGCAAGCGCUCCGACGGCAAGCAGUGGCGCUGCAGCGCACCCUCCAUGCCCGACAAGACCGUCUGCGAGAAGCACUACGUCCAGGCCAAGAAGCGCGCCGCAUCCUCCGCGCUGCGCGCCACCCUACGCAGGUCGUCCGGCACCGGCGCCGCCGCCUCCUCCUCCUCACCCUACGCCGCCUCUUCCUACCCCUCCGCGGCCCAAGACGCCGACUUGGACGGCGACGACGGCACGGACUCCGACGACGACCUUCCCACGGCGGUGCCCAUGGCCGUCGCCCGGCCGCUCUACGGCCGGGUCGUCGGGGAGCCCGUCUACGUGGCCGAGCCCACGGCCCGGAACGUCGUCUACGGCCUGCCCCUCAGCAACAACUCUAUCACGGCGGCGGAACUCGUCGGGAGAGCCUCGGCAGGGCCGCAGCCUUGCAGCAGCGCCGCCACCGUCAAGACCACUUGCCACCAAUGCCGCAAGACUGCCAAUGCCGUUUGGUGUACAAGCUGCGACAGGAGGGGGUAUUGCCACCAUUGCAUCUCCACAGGGUACUCUGACAUUGCAAUAGAUGAUAUUCGGAAGGUUUGUCCAGCAUGUCGUGGAAUUUGUAACUGCAAAGUUUGCUUACAAGGAGACAACUUAAUUAAGGCUAGGGUGCAAGAGAUAUCUGUUGUAGAUAAGUUGAGAUAUCUUCAUAGCAUUUUGGCAUAUGUUCUUCCAGUGCUAAAGCAGAUAUACUCCGACCAAUGCUAUGAAAUAGGUGUUGAAACAAGAGCUGAUGGACCCAAGAUGGACAUUGUCAGAGCAAAGAUGAACUCUGACGAGCAAAUGUGUUGUGACUUCUGCAAAGUGCCAGUUUUUGAUUAUCACCGACACUGUCCAAAAUGUUUGUACGAUUUAUGCCUUGACUGUUGUCGAGACAUUAGGGGAUCUCAGACUAGUGUAGUCAGAGGAGAAUAUGCUGAAGGUAAAGGUCACACUGUAGACAGAAAUAAAGAUGUUUUGAGCAACAAAGCAAGAUUGGAACCAUCUGCAGCUAAUGUAAAUGAUAAGUUGUUCCCACAGCCAAUAGAUGUGAAUGAUAUUGGCAUUAGGUCUUUAUUCCCUUCAUGGAGAAUCAACAAUGAUGGCAGCAUCACCUGUGGACCUCAUGAAGCUGGUGGUUGUGGCUCCUCAAAGUUGGUAUUAAGGCGAAUAUUCAAAAUAAACUGGAUUGGUAAGCUUGUAAAGAGUUCUCAAGAAAUGGUGAAUGGUUGCAAAGCACAUGAUCUAGAGAAUGGAUGCUCAUGCCGCAAUGCUGGCAGAAGAUUGGAUUCAACUGGUCAGCGUAGCCUCGGUGUCCCAAAAUGUUCAGACAGUGAUGGUGUUGAUGGGAACUCUGUGUACCCUCCUGUAUUGGAGAAUUUAAAAUAUGAGGGCAUUGUCCAUUUUCGUAAACACUGGAUAAAUGGGGAGCCUGUAAUGAUUAGGAAUGCAUUUGAGCCUUCUUUAUCAUCAAGCUGGGACCCAUUAAGUAUUUGGCGAGGAAUCCAGGAGAUAAUGGAAGAAAAAAUGGAUGAAAAUGCCAUAGUAAAAGCUGUGGACUGCUCAAACCAAUCAGAGGUGCAUAUCAAGCUGAAUCAGUUUAUCAAAGGUUAUUCAGAUGGUCACACGAGUGAAGAUGGCAAGUUCAUGAUGCUGAAAUUGAAAGAGUGGCCCCCAGCGAGCAUAUUAGAGGAGUUUCUGUUAUGCCAGCGACCAGAAUUUGUGGUCAAUUUUCCGUUAGUUGAUUUUAUCCAUCCAAAGUGGGGUCUCCUUAAUCUUGCUGCUAAGUUACCCCCAGAUACCCUGCAGUCUGAAGUAGGCCUGAAGCUGGUUAUUGCAUAUGGAAGGCAGCAAGAAUUUGGUAAGGGCGAUUCAGUGACAAAUCUGAUGAUUAAGAUGGGUGAUGUGGUACACAUGUUAAUGCAUACAGCUGAAGUGCUUAACCUUUCUCCCAAGGGGCUACAACCUGCGCAUUCUGAACGGAUUGCCAAUGGGAUGACAGUGCAUGUAAAUGCUCGCACAGCUGUGCAUUCUGAACGGAUUGCCAAUGGGAUCACAGGGCAUGUAAAUGCUCAUGCUCCUGUGCAAAACUUGAAUCUGGAUAUGGGGGAACAAUCACCUGAACACACGGUCUUUAAGUCUUACGGUGGUUUUGAAGGCUCUGCUGCUGGGUUAUCGAGUUCAUCAGUCUCGCAGAAACCAAAAACUAAUGGUUCAGAAAGAUCUCAGCCUGGUGCUAUUUGGGAUGUCUUUCGCAGGCAGGAUCUGCCGACGCUGAAUAAAUAUUUAGCUUCUAACUGGCAAGAACUUACAGUUAGCAGUCAGGCGAUGCUCUCUGUCAAGCAUCCUAUUUAUGAUCAAGCUGUGUAUCUCAACGAGCAUCAUAAAAGGGUAUUGAAGGAUCAGUAUGGAAUUGAACCUUGGACGUUUCAACAACAUAUUGGCGAGGCUGUUUUUGUUCCAGCUGGCUGUCCUUUCCAAGUGAAAAAUCUGCAGUCAACGGUUCAGUUGGCUCUUGAUUUCUUGUCACCUGAGAGUCUGCGGGAGUCUGCUCGAAUGGGCCAAGAGAUACGUUGCCUACCAAACCAUCAGGAUGCAAAACUGAAGAUGCUUGAGAUUGGAAAGAUCUCUUUAUAUGCAGCAAGUUUUGCUGUCAGAGAAAUUCAGAAAAUAACCCUCGAUCCCAAGUUUAAUAUAGAUGUCAGAUUUGAGGAUCAGAACCUAACCCGGGCAGUUUCAGAGAACUUGGCUAGAGUUACCAAACAACGGAAGGUGUCUUGCGGUUGAGAUUCUACAAGGCCCCGGGGAAAUUCUGAUACGGGUUUCAAAAUUGAAACCCAUGUGAAGUAGAUAUAGCAAAUUGUACAUGUAUCAUAUGGUGUCUUUGGAAGGAACACUGUCAGAUAGCAUUAACCUCACCUGUAUAUUGUGGGUUUAGGACUAGCGUGGGCUUCGUGUAAACAAAAUGAUCUGUGUAGCAAUUAAAUCAAUAUACAGUGAAAUUUACUGGACCAGCA